UUUAGAGUUCCGUAAAGGCUUUUGUCUAUAUCUCUCUUUCUUGUGAAUCAAAGCAGCGAUCGAUCAUAAAAAGCUCAUUUUUAUGCCAUGGCGACUUUCGAUGACGGAGACUUCCCGGCGGCUCAGACCCAUUCCCCGACUGAACACGACGAUUCAUUCAUGAGCUACGAAAACUUCUCCGAAGCCCCGCCAUCUGGUGGCUUCUCCUCCUUCAACGGAGACGGAUCUGAAAAUCCCGCCUCUCCCAACGGCUACGGAUUUGCUGCUGCUUCCUCCCCGAACGGAAACGGAGACGCCGGGAUCUUCGCCUCCGAUGGGCCUACUCUUCCAGAUCCAAACGAGAUGCGGGAAGAGGGGUUCCAACGCCGUGAGUGGCGCCGUCAAAACGCCCUUCACCUCGAGGAGAAGGAAAAGAAGGAGAAGGAAAUGCGGAAUCAGAUCAUAGCUGAAGCUGAGGAAUACAAGAAUGCCUUUUAUGAGAAGAGAGAAAAGACCAUCGAGACCAACAAGGCUGAUAACCGCGAACGAGAGAAGCUGUAUUGGGUGAACCAAGAGAAGUUCCACAAGGAAGUUGACAAGCACUACUGGAAAGCAAUCGCGGAGCUGAUCCCGCGGGAGGUUCCCAACAUUGAGAAGAAGAGAGGGAAAAAGGAUCCGGACAAGAAACCUUCUGUGAUGGUUAUCCAGGGUCCUAAACCUGGGAAGCCUACUGAUCUAGGGAGGAUGAGGCAGAUAUUCUUGAAGCUCAAGACUAAUCCACCACCCCACAUGAUGCCUCCUCCUCCUCCAGCCAAGGACGCGAAAGAUGCCAAGGACGGGAAAGAUGCAAAAGGUGGCAAAGACGCCAAGGAAGUCAAAGAUGGAAAACCUGCGGCGGAGAAAAAGGCCGCAGAGGCUGAGACAAAGGCUGCAGAGGAAAAACCUGCAUCACCUGCCAAAGAAGCAAGUGCUGAAACAGCGAAACCUGAGGCUGCUGCUGCUGCUGCUGCUGGCUCGGGAGAAGGGGAAAAGCCUGUGGUUGAGGCCGAGGGAGCCAAGGCAGAGUAAAAGAGAGAAGGCUGUGUUAGCAUUACUAUUGGGGGAGGGGGUAAAUUGGUAUUGAAGUCACUGUAGCUGCGGGCAAAAAUAAGAAGAGGUAAACAUGUGCUCAUAGAAGCUCUGUUGUGGGCUUUCUAUGGCAUACCAUUUCUUCCUCUGGAGAGAGAGAGAAUCUUAGUCCUUCGUUUUGGUUUUCUAUUUUUAUUCAUUAUUUCUUUCUUCUGCAAAAUUUGGUGAUGAGGAUAUUGUCUGGGAUUUAUUCAUUUUGCUUCCACGUAUUAUAUUUUUAUAAGACUUGAGAAACACAGUUACAGGUUGUUGGAUUAGUAAUAAUAUAUUGAUUGUAUGA